AUGGCGAUCCUGCAUAAGCUGCAGACAGGCCUGGAUACGCCAGAAUGUGUGGUGUUUGACCUGCUCGACAUUCCUCUGUAUCACGGGUGGCUGGUGGAUCCCCAGUAUGUUGCCUAUAUAAUGACCUUGAAGUUGGUAAGCACUUCUAUUGUAAUCAGAGAAAACAAAAAUAUUCCUGAAAUCCUAAAAAUCCAGAUCAUUGGCCUGGGCACCCAAGUAUGCCAGCGACCAGGAGCGCAAGCCCUUAAGGUAGAAGCAAAGUUAGAACACUGGUAUAUCACAGGUCUGAGACAGCAGGAUACUGUGCCAUCCCUUGUGGCUUCCAUUGGUGACACUGCAUCAUCCUUGCUUAAAAUUGAGUUUGAAACCAAUCCAGAGAACAGCCUUGCUGACCAGACGCUGACCGUCCAGUCCCAGCCCGUGGAGGUCAUCUACGAUGCUAAAACCAUCAAUGCAGUGGUUGAUUUCUUUCAGUCAAAUAGGGGAUUGGAUCUUGAGCAAAUAACAUCAGCUACUUUGAUGAAGCUGGAAGAAAUUAGAGAACAGCUACUGAGAACACUAGCACUGGACUCGUACUGCCUUUCAAGUGAAUCUGUUAGUCUGGUUAGUAGUGUGAUUAUACAUUUCACCGUCUCCUUUUCUUUUCCUUCAGGACUUACACAUAUAAUUGAGACUCGAAAAGUUCUUGAUUUAAGGAUAAAUCUGAAGCCUUCUUAUCUAAUAGUUCCACAGACAGGCUUCCACCAUGAAAAGUCAAAUCUUCUCAUUUUAGAUUUUGGUACAUUUCAGCUCAACAGUAAAAGUCAAGGUCUACAGAAGACUACCAGUUCAUCUUUGGAAGAAAUAAUGGAUAAAGCAUAUGACAAGUUUGAUGUUGAAAUGAAGAGUGUGCAACUACUCUUUGCAAGAGCAGGGGAAAACUGGAAGAAGUGUCGUUUUCAGCACCCGUCCACUAUGCAUAUACUGCAGCCCAUGGAUAUUCAUGUGGAGCUAGCCAAGGCGAUGGUAGAGAAGGACACGAGAAUGGCCAGAUUUAAAGCAUCAGGAGGACUUCCUUUGAUGCAUGUGAGGAUUUCAGACCAGAAGAUGAAAGAUGUGCUGUGUUUGAUUAACAGUAUACCUUUGCCACAGAAAUCAUCAACUCAAUCUCCAGAGAGACAGGUAUCGUCAGUUCCUGUUGCUUCAAGUGGGACAAAAGUUCUCCUUGGUGCUUCAUUAUUGCUGAGUGAAAUGGAUUCAGAGUCUGACGAUGAGUAUUUCGACGCUGAAGACGGUGCCUCCCAGGUGCCUAGAGGUGCGCCAGGCUCCGAACCCCGAAAGGCUGCGGAGGUUCCGAACGAGGCCCUCGUUAAUCUUCUGCUCAAGUUUGAAGUUAAAGGAGUAAUUUUGGAAUUUACUAAACAACAGAAAGAAGAAGAUACAAUUCUAGUAUUUAAUGUUACUCAGUUAGGAACAGAGGCCACAGUAAGAACUUUCGACCUAACUGUGCUGUCUAAUUUAAAGAAGAUCAGCUUGGAUUACCAUGAAAUUCAAGGAUCAAGAAAAAAGCCCCUUUACUUGAUUAGCUCUUCUGACAAACCUGGGUCAGAUCUUUUAAAAGUAGAGUAUAUUAAGGCUGAUAAGAGUGGACCUAGUUUUCAAACCACUUUUGAAAAAACUGAACAGAUAUUUAAGGUGGCCUUUUCCUCUUUGAACUUGUUGCUGCAAACCCAAGCUCUUCUCUCUUCUAUUAACUACCUGACAACCAUCCUUCCCUCAGAUGGCCUUGGAGGCCAUCCUGACCCAGGGACAGGCCAGCUUCCAGAUAGGUGUUACAUGCCAAGAGCCCAGAUUUCGGAUAGGAAAGUGCUCAUGAUUGUAUCCUCUAAAGACAGUGAUGUUACUGGCUUCAGAUUGUUUGCCAAGUUAAAUGCUUUCUGUGUCACCAUUUGCAAUGAGAAGAGCAGUAUUGCUGAAAUCAGGAUACAAGGCCUCGACUCUUCCAUUUCUCUUCAGUCAAGGAAGCAGUCACUUUUUGCCAGACUGGAAAAUAUUAUUGUUACAGAUGUUGAUCCUAAGACAGUUCAUAAAAAAGCUGUGUCAAUAAUGGGAAAUGAAGUUUUUCGUUUUAACUUGGAUUUGUACCCAGAUGCGACUGAAGGGGAUUCAUACACUGACAUGUCCAAAGUGGAUGGCGUGGUGUCGCUGAAUGUUGGCUGCAUUCAGAUUGUCUAUCUUCAUAAGUUCCUUGUGUCCCUUUUGAACUUCCUGAACAAUUUCCAGACAGCUAAAGAGGCCCUGAGCGCAGCCACCGCGCAGGCUGCAGAAAAGGCCGCCACCAGUGUGAAAGACCUUGCCCAGCGGAGUUUGCGCUUCUCUGUCAGCAUUAAUUUGAAAGCACUCGUUAUUGUCAUCCCACAGUCUUCUGUUUCCAGCAACGCUGUUGUGGUGGACCUUGGUUUGAUCAGAGUUCAGAACCAGUUCAGUCUUGGGUCUGGGGAAGGGUCUGUAAAUCCUCCUGUGAUCGAUAGAAUGGAUGUGCAGCUCACGGACCUGAAGCUGUCCAGGACAGUGAUCCAACCAGGCACCUCCCAGCCUGAUAUUCAGCUGUUGCACCCAAUUAACUUUGAGUUUUUUGUAAAUCGAAAUCUACCUGCAAAUUGGUAUCAUAAGGUACCUGUUGUGGAAAUUAAAGGACAUCUUGAUACAAUGAAUGCUUGUCUAAAUCAAGAAGAUCUUAAUGUUUUGUUUAGAAUACUGUCGGAAAAUCUUGAUGAAACUCCUGAAGAGUUAGAUAAAGUGAAACCAAGAGUACCAGAGACAGGUGAAAUCAAAGAUGCCCCUGAAGUUUCUACAUCACAGAGAUUACAAGCUUCAAAAGAUGCUUCAAGAGCUGAAAGAGAAGAAAUUAGAUCUGUAAACAUUGUUAAUGUACUGCUGAAUUUUGAAAUUAAAGAGGUUAUGGUGAUGCUGAUGAAAAAGGCGGAAAAGAGUGGGAGGCCAGUGCACGAGCUCAGUGUCCUGCAGCUUGGAGUGGAAGCUAGAGUUCAAGCUUAUGCCGUGACCGCUGAAGCUUAUCUCCAGCAAGUCAGCAUGCAGUGCCUGGAUUUCACUGACGCAGAAGGAGGCCCUCUGCACAUUGUGCGCUCCUCUCGCGUGACUAAGGAGCCGCUCCUGAAGAUGGCCUUGACCAAGGCAGACAGUGAUGGACCGGAAUUUAAAACUGUUCAUGACAAUACCAAACAGAGACUAAAGGUUUCAUUUUCAUCCUUAGACAUAUUACUUGAUUUAGAAGCUUUACUUUCCCUUAUGGAUUUUUUGUCAUCGGCUGUUCCAUCCUCUGAGUCGUCUUCUAGGAAGGAAUCUGAGCUAAAACCACUUGUAGGGGAGUCCAGAAGUAUUGCCAUCAAAGCUGUCACGCAUAGUUACAAAAUUGAUAUGUUCGAUUUAAAGGUUACAGCUGAAUUAGAUGCUAUUAAUGGUUCUGUAGCUGAUGUUAAAAUACAUGGAAUGGACGCCUCUGUUUCUGUGAAGCCAAAACAGACUGAUAUGUUUGCCAGACUUCAGAAUAUCAUAGUAACAAAUGUUGAUUUGAAGUCCAUUCACAAAAAGGCUGUCUCCAUCUUGGGAGAGGAAGUCUUUCGGUUCCAGAUGACUUUGUAUCCAGACGCCACAGAAGGAGAAGCCUAUGCCGACGUGUCUAAAGUGGAUGGCAGACUUAGUCUCAAAGUGGGUUGUAUUCAGAUCGCUUACGUUCAUAAAUUCUUCAUGUCUCUGUUGAAUUUCCUCAACAACUUCCAAGCUGCCAAGGAAGCUUUGAGCAUGGCUACCAUGCAGGCUGCAGAGAGAGCUGCUUCUAGUGUGAGGGACUUGGCCCAGAAGAGCUUCCGCCUUGCGAUGGAUGUGGACCUGAAAGCACCGGUUAUUAUUAUCCCUCAGUCUUCAGUGUCGUCCAACGCUGUGGUGGCAGAUCUCGGCUUAAUCAGCGUGGAAAACAGCUUUAGUUUGCUUCCUGCAGAACGUUACCCUUUCCCUCCAGUCAUUGAUAAAAUAAAGGUCCAACUCACUCAAUUGAAGCUGUCCAGAACUAUCUUGCAAGCUGACUUGCCACAGGAUGACAUUGAAAUCUUAAAACCAGUAAACAUGCUUUUGUCUAUACAACGAAACUUAUCAGCAACCUGGUACAUGGAAAUUCCCGGGAUCGAGAUAAAAGGAAAGUUAAAACCUAUGCAGGUUGCUCUCAGUGAAGAUGACCUAACAGUUCUAAUGAAAAUUUUGCUGGAAAAUGUUGGGGAAGCUUCUCCACAGCCAAGCCCUGCACUGUCUGCUCAGGAGGCUGUGAGAGUGAGGAAAGAUAUUCCAAGUGGACCAGACUACCUGAGAGAACAAGAAGAUUUGACAGACUUCUUUGGACCGACCGUCACACUCCAAUUUGACUUUCAUUUUGCAUCUCUGUCCAUUAUCCUUUAUAACAGUGACGUCAGUCAGGAGUCCAAACUUGCAUUUCGUAAUGAUAGUUUUCGUCUCGGUGAGCUCAGACUGUACCUGAUGGCCUCUGCAGGGAAGAUGUUCAAGGAUGGCUCAGUGAAUGUCAGCCUUAAGCUGAAGACAUGCACCCUUGAUGACCUCAGAGAAGGCAUCGAGAGAGCCACGUCCAGAAUGAUUGACAGAAAGAAUGACCAAGAUAGCAGCAGUUCUAUGAUUGAUAUUCAUUACAAACAAGACAAAAACACAAGUCUAAUUGAUGCUGUUCUUGACAAGCUGUAUGUGUGUGCCAGCGUGGAGUUUUUGAUGACUGUGGCAGAUUUCUUCAUCAAAGCUGUGCCUCAGAGCCCAGAAAAUACGGCGAAGGAAAUACAAAUGCCAUCAAGACACAUUACCAUGGGGAAAGUCAAGACAGAAAAAGAUGAUUCUGCAAGACGAAACAUGACCUUGAAGGCCAAGAUCACAGACCCGGAAGUGGUGUUUGUGGCCAGCCUGAGCAGGGCGGACGCUCCUGCGCUGUCGGCCUCCUUCCAGUGUAAGCUCUGUGUGUCCGCAUCUGGGCUGGAGCAGGUGACGGAGGCAUCCAUCAAAGACCUGAGAGUGCUCGCUUGUCCUUUCCUCAGAGAGAAGAGGGGGCAAACCAUCACCACAGUCUUGCAGCCAUGCUCUUUAUCUAUGGAAAAAUGUACCUGGGCCUCGGGAAAACAGAAUAUCAAUAUUAUGGUUAAAGAAUUUAUAAUUUAGAUUUCACCCAUCAUUCUGAAUACUGUGAUGACAAUAAUGGCUGCCAUGUCUCCAAAGACGAAAGAGGAUGAAUCGAGAGACACAUCUAAGGAAAUGGAAAGUCUCUGGGAUAUCAAGUCUAUUGAUGAUUAUAAUUCUUGGUUUCUUGGUGUUGACAUGGCAACCGAAGCAACAGAAAGUUUCAGAGCGAUGGAUCAUCCACUGAUAGAGGAAAACUGUGCUGUUGCUGUGGAAUCGGUCCAAGUCACUCUAGAAUGUGGCCUUGGGCACCGAACUGUGCCUUUACUAUUGGCAGAGUCCAAGUUUUCAGGAAAUAUUAAGAAUUGGACUUCCCUGUUGGCUGCUACUGCUGAUAUGACACUGCAGGUUCACUAUUACAAUGAGAUUCGUGCUGUGUGGGAGCCAUUGAUCGAGCGAAUAGAGGGGAAGAAACAAUGGAACUUAAAGCUUGAUGUAAAGAAGAACCCGAUCCAGGAUAAAAGUUUGAUACCAGGAGAUGAUUUUAUUCCUGAGCCCAAAAUGGCAAUUUAUAUUUCUUCAGCAGACACAAUGAAUAUAACAAUAUCCAAAACGUGUCUCAAUGUUUUCAGCAAUUUAGCAAAAGGUUUUUCGGAGGGCACUGCUUCUACUUUCGAUUACUCUUUAAAAGACAGAGCUCCGUUUACGGUCAGAAAUGCUGUAGGUGUUCCCAUGAAGGUGCAGCUCAGUCGUAACCUGAGAGUGAUGGGCUCCCCAGGGAAGAGCGAUGUCUAUGGUGUGGAUGCCGGUCAGCAUCUGGAACUGGAGUAUGCCAGCACGGAACCUUCCUCUCAAGGGAAGCUGUCUGUGCUGAGCCGUCAGGAGAGUUCCUUCUUCACGCUGACUUUCGUACCACAUGGAUACACACAGGUUGCCAAUGUCCCUAUUGCCCGACCUGGACGGCGGUUGUACAUUGUGCGGAAUCCCCAUGCCAAUUACUCAGACUCCGUCUUGGUACAGAUUGAUGCCACCGAAGGGAAUAAAGUCAUCACCCUCCGCUCUGCGCUGCAGAUUAAAAACCACUUCUCUGUUCCAUUUAUUAUCUAUAAACUGGUUAAGAAUGUUAAACUUCUGGAGCGCAUUGGAACAGUCAGCCCCGAAGAGGAGUUCCAUGUCCCUUUAGAUUCGUAUAGAUCUCAGUUGUUUAUCCAGCCGGCUGGGGACUUAGAGCAUCAGUACAAGGAGUCGACCACCUACAUCCCCUGAAAGGAGGAGCUGCACAGGAGCAGUUCCAUAACAGGCAGGCUGCAGUGUCCGGCGGUGCAGCGCAGCUUCCUGCCGCUAGUUGUGAACACGGUUGCCGAGCCGGACGAGUUGAGCCACAUCAGCGCACACAGGGAGGAUUGGAACCCGGCGUACAUCAUUCACCUCUACCCUUCUCUCACACUGCGGAAUCUGCUCCCCUAUUCCCUAAGAUACUUACUGGAGGGAACAGCAGAUACUCAUGAGCUGGCAGAAGGCAGUACAGCAGACGUCCUGCAUUCCCGAAUCAGUGGAGAAGUCAUGGAAUUAGUCCUGGUUAGAUACCUGGGCAGAGACUGGACCGGUCAUUUCCGCAUAUGUGACACGCUUCCCGAGUUCUUUCUUGUGUGUUUUACGUCUAACUCCAAAGAAGCAGUGACAGUUGACCUGUCGGUGCACGUCAGGCGAGUUGGCAACCGCAUGGUGAUCUCUGUCUUUAGUCCCUAUUGGUUAAUCAACAAGACUUCUCGGGUCCUCCAGUACCGCGCAGAAGACACUCACGUGAAGCACCCAGCUGACUUCAGGGACAUCAUUUUAUUCUCUUUCAAGAAGAAGAACAUUUUUAGUAAAAACAAGGCACGUCGCAGGCGGUCGCGCGUAGUAAGACGUCACUUCCUCCCGGAAGACGCUCCGGGAGACCCUCUCGAGAUUCCUGUCACUUCUCAGAGCUUGCCCACCGGGAACAUGGCCCUGCCGCCCUUCUUCUCCCCGGCCCGCCCCGGCCCGCCGCCCCCUCAGCCGCCGCCUCCUGCUCCUUUCGGCUGCCCGCCACCGCCGCUACCCUCCCCGGCUUUCCUGCCGCCCCUUCCCCAGCGGCCCGGCCCUUAUCCGGGGACCUCCGCCCCCUUCCUUCAGCCUUCGCUGGGUCUGCAACCCCGGGUCCCCGCGGAAGGCUCCCGCCGCGGCGGUGGCGGUGGCAGUGGUGGCGGUUUCUACUCGGUGCCGCCCCCGCCGCUGCCUCCGCCGCCGCCCCAGUACCGGCCCUUCCCGGGGACCGACGCCGGCCGCCCUGGAGCCCGCGCUGGGCAGAGGUGCUGCCGCCUGCUGAUGAGCUCGGGGACGCGGCUGACUUGGUCCAAGCAUACAGCUCAGAAAUGGCUAACGUUGGCUUUGGUUCCACAUCUGGGGCUUAAAACUCGUCACACGGUUGAGGAUUAUUUGUAAAACCCUCUUAGAGUUUUUCUUUGGGGUCCGACCACCCUCCGUCCAAGAUGUCAUGUGCUUCUCUUUUCCCUUGUCUCUGCCCCCCCCCCCUGGGAUGGGCGGUGUCCUUGGAGGGUCUCCCAUGGACCAGGUCCUGGUGUCAGAAGGACUUGGGUUUGGGGAGGAAGGGUGGUGGGCAGUGCCACUCCUGAGUCUGCAGUGAGCCAGGCACUGGCCACUGGCCUGCCCUCCAGGGAUUUAUGCUGUGGCCUGUGAUGCUCUGAGCCCUGCAGCACAGCAGCCCCUCCUCGGUGAGAGUCCUCCUGCAUCCGCCUCCGCUGGCCCCAGAGCAGCACCCAGGGGCCCUCCAGUUGGCACGGGGGUCCAGUUGUGACUCAGUCGCAGCUUCCUGUCUAGUAGCCUGCCCUGCCCAACCUGUCUGUGUGUGUUGCAGAGGACACCUACAGCUCCGAGGAGACGGUGGACCACCAGCCCAUCCACCUGAGGGUCAUGGACACUGCAGACCCGGACAUCCCCAGAACUGCGAGCGCUACCUGAACUGGGCCCAUGCCUUCCUGGUGGUGUACAGCGUAGACAGCCGCCAGAGCUUUGAGGGCAGCAGCAGCUACCUGGAGCUGCUCGCCCUGCACGCCAAGGAGACGCAGCGCUGCUACCCGGCCCUGCUGCUGGGCAACAAACUGGACAUGGCCCAGUACAGAACAGCACCCCUCAAGGAGAUGAUGUUUGUAUUGUAACCGUCAAGUGCUGGAACAACACACAGUAGGAGCUUGCUCAGUGCAGAUGACUGGGUGACCCGGUGAGUGGCCACUGCCCAUACCAGGGGGUGGGGUGGGGUAGGGGGUACAGUACAGCUCAGGCCCGAGGUGCGGCAAAUGUGCCAUUUGACUGGGGUCUGGAGACCCCACCUGGGUUUCAGCCAAAUCCUGCUUUGUGCUGAGUGCCCCCCCACCGGAUGCCACCCCACCUCUGCCACCUGUCCCUCACCACUCACCAUCUUCUACACGGAAAAACCAAAUCAUUUCCUCCAGCAGCCCCUGGGGUACUGUGGGGCCAGCUGGGGUUCCCGUGGCCUCCUCGCUUGCAUCCAUGGCCCUGGUCCUUAGCUGCUUCACUAGCUUCCUAGGUGCCAAGUCCUGAGCAGAUGAGUCCUGAAGACCCUGGAAACAAAGCAGAGAGCAUCACUGGACACUGCAGCCCAGUCUGAUCUCCCCUCUGGGCCCAAAGCCAGCUUGCCAAGGUCUCCACACCAAAACAUGCUGAACACAGGCGCAGGCAGGAACCUACAGGUGGCAGUGACUGAAAUCCCUAUGAAAACCCAGCAUGGCACGCGUGAGAAGGGGUUUUGAGCUGGGAGUGAAGAGGAUGAAGCCAGUGAUGGGCCAUGAGACUCUUAGAGAGGACAUUCUACGACCCCAACCUCUUGGGGCUAGCCAAUCGAGGUAGCCAAUCGAGGGCUUUUACUCGAGCACGUGACAAGGCUGGGCCUAUCACAGGCUCCGGUUUGGUGAUUUGCACACCUGAGACCCAGACUGGAAAGAGAAGGAGGAGCCAAAGGAAGCAGUUGUGCCUGGGCCGGAGGUGCUGCACAGAUGAGCAGAGUUGGUUUCUGUUGUUUGGAAGGGAAGGACCCUAUCCCAUGCUCUUUGGCUAAAUUUCUUAAUUUGAACCUGUUUGCAUUGGUGCAAAAUAAAGUAGGUUGCAUUGUGUUGACCAGACCUCA